CAACCUCUCCCUCAAUCCAGCCAAUUCCUCUCCCUCUCUCUCUGAUUUUACAGAACCCAAAAUAAACAAAACAAAAGCAGCAGCCCGCCUCGCUAUUUCGCAUUCACCGCCUCCCUUUGAUUUCUCCACAUAUCUGAUGCCAUAUCUCUCUCUCCCACCAGAAAACCCCUUUUCAAAACCCUAAAAUUUGAAAUUGAGCCAAUCAUGGCCGGAGGAGGAGCCCUUAACACCCAAGCACUCUCUCUCCUCGCCGCGGUCAACAACCACGGCGAUUUGGCCGUCAAGCUCUCGUCUCUAAAGCAGGCCAAGGAUUUGCUCUUGUCCAUCGACCCCUCUUCUGCCGCCGAGCUCUUCCCCUACUUGGUCGAGCUCCAGUCUUCCCCUGAAACCCUCGUCCGCUUAUCGCUUAUCGAGGUAAUCGAGGAGAUUGGCUUGAGAGCAAUGGAGGAGUCAUCUGUACUGAUGUCUGUCCUUUUGGCAUUUUUGAGAGAUAGUGAUUCUAUUGUUGCGAGGCAAUCUAUAGUUAGUGGCACAAAUGUCUUUGUUAGUGUUUUGGAGGAGAUGACAUUGCAGUUUCACCGGAGGGGUAAAAUCGAGAUAUGGCUUGAAGAACUUUGGUCGUGGAUGGCUAAGUUCAAGGAUGCCAUAUUCACCAUUGCAGUACAGCCUGGUUCUGCUGGAACAAAGUUGCUUGCGUUGAAAUUUUUGGAAACAUAUGUUUUGCUAUUCACAUCAGACACCAGUGAUUCUGAAAAACCUACCGCAGAAGAUGCUGCAGGAUGUAGAAGGGGUUUUAAUAUUUCGUGGCUGGUUGGUGGACACCCUAUUCUUGACUCAUACAUGCUCAUGUCAGAAGCAAAUAAAGCUCUUGGAAUUCUAUUAAAUUUGUUGCAGUCAGCUGGUAGUCUUCAGGGUUCCUUGACAAUUGCCAUUGUCAAUUGUCUUGCAGCCAUAGCAAGAAAGAGGCCAGUUCACUAUGGCACCAUUGUUUCUGCACUAUUUGAUUUUGAUCCAAACUUCGAAUUAGUAAAAGGACGCCAUGCUGCCAGUAUCCAGUAUUCUUUAAGAACUGCCUUUUUGGGAUUCCUUCGGUGUACUAGCCCAGUGAUUGUAGAGUCAAGAGAUAGAUUGAUUAGGGCCCUACGCUCUAUGAAUGCUGGGGAUGCUGCUGAUCAAGUAAUCCGCCAAGUUGAUAAAAUGCUAAAAAACAAUGAGAGGGCUUUGCGUGAUUCUCGGUCGGGAAAGGAUGAUCAACUAUCAAGCCAACUGCCUGUUUCAGGGGACCUGGUAAGAAAAAGACCUUCACCUCUUGAUGUUGAAGAGUCAGCAAAUGGUCAUGAGAUACCUUCCAAGCGAAGUCGUUAUGUUCAUGAAGCCUAUUCAGCAUUGCCAGUUCAAAAGAAUGAUUCUGGGUGGGAUACCACUUCUGUCAACGGAGUGUCCUCUGACCUUCCUAUGCUAGAUGGUGAGGUGACUCCCGUGGAGCAAAUGAUUACUGUAAUUGGCGCAUUGCUUGCUGAAGGAGAAAGAGGUGCUGAAUCACUUGAAAUUCUUGUUUCGACAAUCCAUCCUGAUCUGUUGGCCGAUAUUGUAAUAACUAAUAUGAGGCACUUGCCGAAGAUGCCGCCACCCUUGGCAAGGCCAGGGUUGCCAGUUGCUCGGCAGAUAGGUUCUUUAAGUAGUUCGGCACAAGUUGUUUCAGGGUCUCCAACAUCAUCUGUGCAGUCUCCAGUUUUGGCUGCCCAAAUGUCUUUUUCUUCAGCAACUGUAAACAUUUUAUCAGGUGCUGAUACUUCCAAUGUGAAUAAUGUUCCUGAUUCCAAGCGAGAUCCACGAAGGGAUCCCCGUCGCCUGGAUCCACGGUGUAUAGCAGUUUCUGCUGAACUGGCAUCCUCACCCACAGUAGAGGAUACUGAUGCUAUGCAAUCUGACAUUGAUGGUUCAAUUUCCUUGAGUAAGCUUAAUUCGCUUCCUGUUGUGACCACUGUUGAAUCUACUUUAGUAACUCCCAAGCCCAAAACAGAAAGUGAUGAUACGAUUUUGGAUAGUCAAUUGGUUUCUGGAACUGGCCAACCAACUCCCAAGGAGGAGGUUCUGGAUGGACCUGUGGAAGAUGACCCAAAUUUGAAGGUCAAUGUAUCUUCAGAUCUAACAGAUUCUCGUGUGCAAAUUGAAGGGGACCUUGACACAAUGCCAUUGUCAGAUGUUGAAGUAAAAGAUGAAGAUUAUACCACAUCUUUUCUAGAUUCUGAUCAGCAUUCUCCUGCUCUUUCAAACACAUCUGCAUCUGAAGAUAUAUGUCAGGAUCUGCCUGAGGUUCCCAUAUAUAUUGAGUUGACCCAAGAGCAGGAGCAAAGACUAGGGCAUUUGGCUGUUGAGCGAAUUAUUCAAUCAUACAAGCAUUUGCAUGGAACAGAUUAUAGUCAGAUGCGCUUGGCAUUACUUGCUCGAUUGGUUGCUCAGAUUGAUGCGGAUGAUGAAAUUAUUGUGAUGCUGCAUAAACAUAUAGUUGUGGAUUACCAACAGAAAAAGGGGCAUGAGCUAGUAUUGCAUAUCUUGUACCAUCUGGAGGCUCUGGCUGUGUCCGAUUCAGUUGAUAGUUCCACAUUUGCUGUUAUGUAUGAAAAGUUCCUCCUGGCAGUGGCUAAGUGUUUGCUGGAGUCCUUUCCAGCCUCGGACAAGUCAUUUAGUAGACUUCUUGGAGAAGUUCCAGUCCUUCCUGACUCCACUUUGAAACUACUAGAUGAUCUCUGCUAUUCUGAUGUUAUUGAUCAACAUGGAAAAGAUGUUCGGGACAUUGAGCGUGUCACUCAGGGCCUUGGUGCUGUCUGGAGUUUAAUUUUAGGGCGGCCACAUUAUCGGCAAAGCUGCUUAGAUAUCACUUUGAAGUGUGCUGUUCAUUCACAAGAUGACAUCCGAACCAAAGCUAUCCGACUGGUGGCAAACAAACUCUAUCAGUUGAAUUACAUAUCAGAAGUUAUUGAAAAAUUUGCGACAGAUAUGUUGCUGUCUGCUGUUGAACAGCCUCUGUCGGGUAUAGAGCAUUCACCAUCUGAGUCCACUGGGCAAAGAACUGUUGGAAAGUUUGGAAGCCAAGAAACAUCAGUUAGUCAUUUUCAAAAUUUGGAGUCCGGAAAUUCUGAAAAUGAUUCCACAACGAAGGACCAACCAGUGUCAACAAUGUCAAUUCCUGAAGUUCAGCGACUCAUUUCUUUGUUUUUUGCUUUAUGUACAAAGAAACCUAGCCUUAUUCAACUUGUAUUUAAUACUUAUGGGUGUGCCCCAAAAGCUGUAAAGCAGGCUUUUGAUCGCCAUAUCCCUGUUCUUAUAAGGGCCCUAGGGUCGUCAAAUUCAGAAUUGCUUCAUAUUAUAUCUGAUCCUCCACAAGGAAGUGAAAACCUUUUGAUGUUGGUGUUGCAACAAUUGACUCAAGAGACAACACCGUCGUCUGAUCUGAUAGGCACUGUUAAACAUUUGUAUGAAACUAAAUUAAAGGAUGUCACAAUUCUCAUUCCAAUGCUGUCUUCACUUGCUAAAAAUGAGGUUUUACCUAUAUUCCCUCGGCUUGUUGCUCUUCCAUUAGAAAAGUUCCAGACUGCACUUGCUCACAUACUUCAGGGAUCAGCUCAUACAGGUCCAGCUUUGACACCUGCAGAAGUAUUGGUUUCCAUCCACAGUAUUGUUCCUGAGAAAGAUGGCCUCACUCUUAAGAAGAUAACAGAUGCUUGCUCAGCCUGUUUUGAGCAGCGCACAGUUUUCACGCAGCAGGUCUUGGCAAAGGCUUUGAAUCAGAUGGUUGAUCAAACUCCUAUUCCUCUUCUUUUUAUGAGAACAGUUAUUCAGGCAAUUGAUGCUUUUCCUUCAUUGGUUGAUUUUGUUAUGGAAAUACUUUCCAAACUUGUAAGGAAACAGGUUUGGAGAAUGCCAAAGCUUUGGGUAGGGUUCUUGAAAUGUGCUUCUCAAACCCAGCCACAUUCUUUCCAUGUAUUGUUACAGUUACCACCCCCGCAACUUGAUAGUGCCUUGAACAAGUAUACUAAUGUCAAAGGUCCCCUUGCUGCAUAUGCUGGCCAGGCUAGUAUAAAAGCUUCACUUUCUAGACCAACACUUGCAGUUCUUGGUCUUACAAAUGAACCGCAUUUGCACCAAUCGCAUUUGUCGUCACCACCGUUUCACCCUACAGAUGCAACUUCAUCAGUUAAUGGAGCAACACCAUCAUGAUAGCUUGAGAGCGUUGGAAGUCGGCAACUUUACCAGCGAUGUAUAGUAGAAACUGGGUCAUCGGAUAACUCUGAGAGCCAUUUGGGGAAGAUAUAAACUAACCACGUAAAUGGCAACUGAUCACUGGGGGUUUUUGACUGUUGAUCAGUGCAACCUGAGAUAAAUUUCAGUCCAGUGGGCAUAUAGAAUCAUCAGUUCUUCAGGAUUAUUAUCAAAGUUCGAAGAGAUGCACCUGCGCACCCCCCAUUCUCUCAGCUGCUGACAAAUGUGUAACAUAAAUGUGUUGUUCUAUUUGAUUCUAUACUGUAUCCGUGUAAAUUUUGGUUAUACUUAAUAUCAGGUCAGGAGUUUUAUUUUUGGGUAGUUAGCUACUGAAAGCAAGAAAGCACUCUGCUCGAGGUCAUUUACUGACGCCUGUAAAUUAUAGUUGUAUUUUUGUAGCUCAUAUUUUUGUUUACUUCUUUGCCACUGUGGAUACUA